GAACAGCCUACUCACCGACGCAUUUGUAUAUGUAUAUAUAGGAACGCGGACGUGGCCGGACUGUUCAGUGUGUGCGUGCGCCUAUACGGGAGUGUACGUGUGUCGCGGUUUUCCGCGCGUACGCCGUUCUUCCACACUGCGUUUCUAUUCAUGAAAUAUUGGAGCGGUAGAGGAGGGCUCGGUGACCACGGGCGUGACGGUCGCCGAGGUCGCUGAUUCUCAAGAGCAACAUCAUCAACAGCAACAGCAAUCGAAAAGCAACGGCACGGUAUCCCGGCGUGUUGCUGGUCAGAACGUUGCUCUGAGCAACGGUAACGGUGCCAGCAACGUCGGCCGUGUUACACCGCGUAGCCACAUGGAGCAGGAGAAGCGUAUGCGGCGAGAAAUCGCCAACAGCAACGAGCGACGUCGGAUGCAAAGUAUUAACGCCGGUUUCCAAUCGCUCAGGACCUUGCUGCCGCACCACGAGGGCGAGAAACUUUCUAAGGCUGCGAUACUACAGCAGACCGCCGAAUACAUUUACCAGCUGGAGCAAGAAAAGACCCAGCUGCUUUCACAGAACUGUCACCUGAAACGACUGGUCAAUCAGCACGAGGGUGGCGAUGUACCGACUAAGAAACGCAAGCCGGAAAGUCAAGGAGGAGUAGUGGUUAGCCUACCGAUGCACGUUAGCGAGAGCGGUGACGAAGGAUUGGGCAGCAUGUCUCCGGAACCGUUGUCGGUAAUCACGGUGACCACAGAGGGACAUUCCGUGGUCAACAGCGAGGUAGUGGAGCUGAGACGACAGUUGGAAAGAGAACGCCACGCGAGGUUGCAUCUGGAGAAGCAGAUGAGAGCUAUACAAAGUCAACUGUACCCAGAAAGAUUUCGGGACAAUCAGCUGAUCACUUAUCAACCGCACGAGGUGAUCGAACACACGGACAACGUGAUCGCUCAGGAGACCGAGGAAGCGGUCGCCGCGCUCCAGGUAGUUUCCGUGGUAUCCAUGCCACCGGUUGGCUCCACGCAGACCGUGGAAUCGUCUAGUCCAGACCCGAGUUCACCGUCGCUGUCUCCGCAGCCCGCCGACAUGGUUACAGAGGAGAUCAAAGAGGAGGAAGCCGGGCCGGAGAGUCCGAAGAUCGUCGCGUUCAGUCAAAACCAGGUGUUUACUGCGAUCGAGGAGCCGACCACCGCGGACUCCUUCUCGAGUCACGUCACGUACGCCGCCAGUAUAGGGGAUUUCAAAACCCAGUCGCCGGAAUACAUCACCAGUAGCCCUACCAGGCCAUUCUCGCCGGACGCGGAACCUCAACGGUUACCUAGCGUCCUGGAGGCGGCUAUGAAAGCCGAGCCUAAGGUCGAGGUCGAGAGGUUGCCGUCGCCAUCGAACACCCUGGACGACGGUUCUCCUCAGGCAAGGCUGUACCUGGGGAACUCGACCUCUCGACAGAACCUGGAGACGAUCGUCGAAGCGAUACGUCAUCUGGAGGGAGAUCAUCUGUUCAGCGACGAGCCGGCGCAGGAUGUGCCACUGGCGUUAACCAACAAACAGACCGCGGCAGUGGUUGUGACCACGUCGAACAAAUGCUCGACGACGAGCAGCACGACGACCUCUUCGUCGACGGUGGCGAAGCAGCGGCUACUCCAGGCCGAGUUCCUCCAGUUCCACAGGCAACAACAGCAGGCCCAGCAGCGACCCGGCGUGAUCGUGGUGAAGCAUUCGUGAUCGAAAGGCGCGUCGCGAUUAGCAAACUGAACGCGAGCUCACCGCGGCGAACUCGCCUCCGCUCGAGAGUAACGAACAAUUUUCCGCGACAAAUUCGCUGAUAGAAGGAGACCAGACGUCAACAGGAUGAUUCGAAUUUCCCUUCUGAAUGUGUGUUAGACGCGCGUACGUGUUAAGUAGCUGAGAGACGAGGAUUAUAAAUGAUGAGAGAUGAUGCACAAGGAUGUAUACAGUUUACGUUCUCACCAUGGACACUUGAGUCGUCGAAGGGUUAUCCUUCGAGGAUCAACCCUGCCAGGCGGCUCCUUGUUCGGUGUAACCACCGGCUGACGUUUUAAUCAGUGUCCGGUCGGUGUUUUCGUAUGUUCCUACUGCCCGGCUGGUCCGCCUUUGCUUCGACCACCUGACCGAGCCAUUCGUUUUUUAAAUCCAUACCACUGUUGUUGUUUUCGUUCGAGAUAAACGUGCGUUGUUCCUCGACAGGGUCGAGCUGGUUGCGACUUAAUCGCGGUUAAAUCGCAACGAGACAGAUCGAGCGAGUUCGAUCCGGUCGCAUACCCUCUUUAUGCGUGUGCUCGGUCAGGGUGAAACUCGAAACGAAGGUAGGGCUUAACGUCGAAGUUCGACGAAAGGAUUCUCGCCACCGAGUCGUCGAUACGUUUUCCUCUUCACAGCCCUGUCCUGUUUCUUAUUUUUUUUCUCUUCUUCCCUCUCCCCCGCCCUGUCCCCACCGGUUUCUUGUAAAAUAUAUUUUCCCUCUCGAAUCAUCGUCGAAUCUCUUCUUUUUUUCUUUUCGAGAGGCGCAUCCACGUUCUCCCCGGAAUCUUCUUUCGAGGGAUUCUCCUUUCUCGCAUCCCCCUCCCGUCCCACCGGAUCAAAUCGUCAGACUCCGACAGCAGCGCCCCCUUUGUCCCUUCGCGAAUCGGGACACAGCCGAAGGUGGGCGUUUCUUCUCGUGUUACGAGGCAGGAUUUUCAUUCGUGUUCUUUUUUUUCCCUUUUUUUUUUCCUUUCUUGUUCUCUAGACUUAAGGCGAUUUGCUACCACGAUAAAAUAAUAAUUAUUCCUAGAUCGUAAGGCUGCGUAUGCUGUAUCGUACCGAUGUAUACAUAUGUACACACGAUAUAUACGUAUAUACACAGCAGAGAUGUGUAAUAGAGUACGCUCCUCCCCCGCGAAAGUAUAUAUUGGAAAAAAAAGGAAACAUUUGCGACCAUGCCCGACGAUUCGCUGUACAAUUAUAUAAUUUCUUUUUUUUUUUUUAUUGCUAGCAAACAAAGAGAGAACGAGAGACGAUUUUUGAUACACGAAAUCACGAGUACACUCGCAUCACAUACAUAUGUAUAUGUAUAUAUAAGAUGUACACACGCCGCAUGCUUAAUAUUUGACACACAUUAAGAAUCGCAACGCUUGCUCGACAGAAGCAUUUGUUCAGCCGCUCGAGAGGAAUUUCGCCGUUUAAUCUGUGCCAAAUAUCGAGUUAUCAGAUUUUUUUGUUCCUUCGUAGCUUAGCGAGGGCUGAUCGGUGCGUCCGACGUGGACCGGUGUUCGAGGAUCGUUCAACCCCUUUCGACAAUUAUCGGCUCGCCAACUGACAUUUUCUAUCACUUUUUUAAACAACCACCCCCGCAUACCCUCUCGUCCAUCCCCGAUCUCAAAAGAUAUUUGUAAUCGAAACGCAGAAGGCUGAAACACUGGGAGCAAUCGCGCCAUCCCCUCACGCACCCUCGAUCAUUUUCAUGAACGUCUCAUGAUCGAGAUUCGGAGUUGAAGAUUUUUUCGUGCCUUUCGAGGGGAGGAACGAUCGUCCCCGAGCUGGACGAACCGAUCGGCCGAUACAUAUAUAUAUAUAUCUAUCUCUCUCUCUCUUUUCUGUUACGCACCACACUUCUUCACCUUUUCAAUCAUUUCCAUUCGAAACGGACUGAUGUCACCCAUACGAACCAAUAGCAAGCGUUGAGUUUAUCUCUUUUUUCCCCCCUCUUUUCUUUUUUCGAAUAAUGCGCGCGAGUAUUGCCUAUGAUUAAAAAAUAAAAAAAAAAAAGAAGAGAGGCAUACGGUUAAGCAGAGUUUAGUUAACGUUUAACAGUUAGAUAAGGUAGGAAGUGUUAGCCAAGUACACGAUUGAAAUACAAGCAAGUUAUUAAAUAUUGUCUAUCGGUAUGAUAAAUGUGAAAACGCUAAUCCGUAAUUGUACUGUGUGUAUAUAAACCUACUCUAGCUAUGUUGCAUACGUUACGCGAAGGAAACGUACGACGAAUAAGCUUCUUUGCGAGACGAGGACGCGAAAGGAUUGAAAGAGAAUGGAUAGGCAAGGUGUUCUUCGUAUCUGCAACGCGUCCCUCUUUUUUCUAUCACGUGUUCAUCGUUUUUCUACGAUUUUCGACGUUUUUUUCCCUACCCCCAGCCCCUACGCUCCGUUCAUCGUGACGCGACCAAAUAACGACCCGGGGAACGCAUCGCGACAGAUACGAAGAACGAUCCACGAUUUUCUAUGUAGGUGAACUUCGAACAGACAAAACAAGUGUAAUUAAAACUUUGAUAUAUUGUAUCUAAUUCUCUUUCGAGGACGCCCUUACGAAGGGCGCCGUGUACAAAUUGCAAUCUCGAUGUCGAUGUUCGCGCGAGGACGCACGAGGGCCUAAAAAGUCGAGACGCGAGUUUCUUUCAUUGUUCAUAGUGUUCCCAUUUUUUUUUUUUCAUUUCUCUCCCUUGUUUUUUUUUUUUAAUAUAUAUAUAUAUAUACGUGUACAUUAAAGUAUGAUUACAAAACAGUUCGACGAUUUUUCCAGCGAAUCUCGCAGCCUUUCUUUCGCGAACGACCAUCGGUUUUUCUUGUAUUCUUCAAUUUUCUUUUCUUUUUCCGGAUUGAAUCGCGUGUAUGCGCGCGAUCGAGAUCUCCCCUCUUUCGGCUCUGAAUGCGUGAUCACGCGUACAAGACAAAUUUAUUUCAAUUUAUCCUCAACGCGUUCCUUGAUACGUCUGGAACGAUUUUAACGCGUCUCGUAGGAAUUUCAGAAUUGUUUGCGAACAGAACUCGAGGAGCUUAAGAACGACGUUGUUUGUAGCGAGAAAGAGGUCUGUUCCUUGAUUAGAAAUUAAGAAAUCCGAUUCGUAUAUUCGCGAUCAAAUUAGGCUUCUUCAGGAAAAAAAAAAGAUGUGACGCCCUAUCGCCCUUCUCUGCGUGGGCUUCCUUGGUUUUUCUGUGGCGGAAAAAUUUGAAUUCAAAUUUUCUUCAUUAUUCGUACCUUUCAGUUAUAUACUAAAUCUUAUAAUAUUUAAUUAUUUAAAAUCACAUUAUUUUGUCUCUAAAUCACUUUUAAUAUUAAUAUCGUUGAAAUUAGGAUUUUGAAGCCUGAUUUGAUCGCGGGUGUACGUGUUUCCCCGUAGGCAUAACAAGGGACGGGUUGAAUGUUUGAAAAAAAAAAAAAAAAUAUUUCAAGCGCUUCCAUGUACUCGUGGAUAAGCGCGUUACGAUGUAUACGAGAAUAUUGCGCGCAUACAUUGCGUCUAAUUAUUAAGAAAGAAAAAAAAAAGAACAAAAAAAUCUAUACAAACACACAUCAUGCGUGCGCAUUUACACAGAAUUACUUUUACGAGCAUUUAGACUUUACAGUUUUAGAGAAACAAGCCUUAACCUUCCUAAGGCUUCGUGCAACUCCUUUUUUUCUCUCGUUUUCAAUCUGGAUAAUUAUUUUUUCUUUCUUCAUUUUUCUUCUUUCUUUAAGUUGAGACGAAGCUCUUAGGGAUGCUAAGAUAGACUGUAAGUUUGUGAGCUAGUGCGUGGAUGGGCCCCAUCAUGUUUUUCUUCCCUACACGCGUUGACGUGUAACUUUUUAUCCGUUUCCAUGAAAACUAGUGAAUUCAUUCGUUUCGGGAAUACACGUCAGCGUAAACGAUUUCUUUUUUUUUUUUAAAUUGUUCACGAAAUAGAAAGAAAGUUUUCAAUUUGCACCACGUACGGGUCCAAAGAGCGUAAGAAAAAAAAAUAUUGAAAAAAAUACAAAAAAAAAGGAGAGAGAAACAGAGUGACGAAUGAACAAAAAAAAAAAAAUAAAAACUAAUGACGGAUUUUCGAGUGGUGCUUCUGUCGCGACUAAAAAACAGGUUCAUAUAUAAUCGUACAUUGAGAGAAAUGUAGAGAAAGGAAACAGGAAAUGGUACAAUCGAACAGCCACUUCAGAAUUCAACGUUUUCCCCCCCUCCGAUUAUCACCGUGACGAGAACCGAGGCUCGGUUUAUUUUCUUUUUUUUUUUUUUUAAUCGUUGACUAUAUAUAAAUUAUAUUAUAUAUAUAUAUAUAUAGAAAAUAUAUACACGAAACAAUGGCUCCUAUAACUUCUUUACACUUCGCGUUAAGAGAAGCGAAGAAAAAACGAAUAAACUUAAAAUAAAAAAAAAAAAAACACAGGUUGCUAGAGAAAUGGUAAAUAAGUAGAAGAAAGGAGGAUCGAGAGGAGGAUGUCGAGAGAGAGAGAGAGAAAAAAAAAGAAAUAAGAAUCCUUUUAACGUUUAGGCGAGCGUGGCUGUGCGGAUAGCGAGUGACUAUGAAUUAAUUAGAAAACGAGGAGUUUAUUGCUAAGGAUAAUUUUCAUUUGUACUCUUUACGCGGCAAAUGGCGACUGAAAGCUACCCCUCUCGAAUAAAAGAUACUAAUAAUAUUGGGCUUAUUGCCUCGUGGAAAGAACGCGAACGACGAUAGAACGUUCGUUUCGUGUCUUUCCGUUUUCGAAUUUCCCGCGCUUCAGAUUUCGAACGGAGAGGGGGUAACUGCGUGUGCCUCCGCGUAGGCGAAGCAAUCGAUCAAUCAAUCGACUACGGUGAUUAUUUUUCUAUCGCGCUUUCGGUCGCCACGUGCCCAAAGAGAACGACGGAUAAAAAAAAUGAUGAAAAAAGUACACUGUGUAUAGCGUAAGUCGUAGGGUGAUAAAAUGCGGCCACAGUGUUUUUUUCUGCGUGUUGCAAAGAAGCGUGCAAAAGAUGGCGUGAACGAAAAACUAGAGAGAACGAGUUAGAAGUAGCGGAAAGAUGGUAGAUAGCGUAACCGGAAGAUCGCUAGUUCCGGAAAUUCUUGUUUUCGAGAACAGAACUGAGUAGCGAUUAAGAGAGGAAGGGUGCGACAGUAAACGAUAUUGCGAUUUGGUUUAACUGUGUAGAGCAAUCGAAGUUUCAUUUUUCUUUUUCUUUUUCCUUUUUUUUUCUUUUAACGAAAUAACGUGUAAAUCAUUCAUUUUUUCUUUUUUGAUCGAAAAGAAAAUCCGGAAACUCCGCGCGAUCUGGUUGGGCAUUAUUCGCGUUUUCUUCAAUUAAUAUUUCAGAAAUUAAUCGAUUAACCCUUGAACGGCGAAGCCUGGGUCAAUAGUGACCCAAAUUGAAUUGAAUAAAUUUCAUAUAUUAAUAAGAUAAUUUGCAAAGCAACAAUGUAAAAUUAAGAAAAUUAAAUUAAUAUAAAAUAUGAAAUUAAAUUAAAAUUGGGGCUCUCUCCAUGGUUCGCCGUUCAAGGGUUUAUUCGUAGCGAUCUUGUGAAGGUCGAUCGAGACGAUGUAAUUUGUUCGAAGCACCGUCCAAUUAAUAUCCUGAAAAGAUUGCAAAGAUUCGCGAAGGGGACAUUGUAACAGUAUUAUGGAUAGGAAGAAUUAUUUCUUUUUCUUUUUUAAUUAUAAUUAUCUAUCGACGGUAAAGUCGCAGUAAAACCUCGAUUAUUGUACGUGUAUAUUAUUUAUUCGAUGGUAACAAGCUUUUUAUUUCAAUGAUGAAGGAAAUUAAGAUUUUUAAUAAAUGUUAGUAAUUGUGACGGUUCUCUUGCAAGACUACAUGCAAUAUCGGACCUUUCGUUUUUGUACUUUUUAAUUAUUCAUAAGCGUUGCGAGAAGACACACCGAUGUUAUUAUCCGUUGUUAAGACUACUAUAUUCAAAUCCAGUCUUUUAUGAUUCAGAAUAAAUGAACAUACUAAGAACCAGAAGCGAUUGUGACUUUCGUAACCGCAAUUUAUUUAUUCCACAACGUGUAGAUUUUAUACAUGGAAAGUUUUAAUUAACAAAACUUUUGCGAAGUUUUAUUCUGUGUAAUUUUAAACUUGUAUCACGCGCUGAUAUAGGUAGGAGGAUUUUUAUGAAUUUCGAGGUUUCACUGCGACAGGAAUUUAAAAAAAAAAUAAAUAAAUAAAAAACGAAGGAAAAGUCGUCGAAAACAUUGAAACAUUCUGAUGGAAUAAUGGUGUUCAGAUAAUCAAAGUUCCACUGUGCUCGACAAGAAUAAUUAAUCGUAAUUUGAACAGAAAACAAAGAAAGGAAAAACAGUGAAGAGAAAAGAAGAAAAAGUUCCUCAAGUUCAAGCUGCGUUUGCCGCGUGCAUUUGCAUUCCCACGUGUGAAACACAGAACGAGAAAAAAAGAGAGAAAUGGGAAACAACGGAUGCCUUUGCACGUCGUAAACGCUGCCUGCAUCAAGUAAACACAGACUGCCAUUGAGUUGAAUGUACUCGUUUGUAAUCGAUUCGCGUAACGAAAGGGAAGAAACUGAUAAAACAGCCCACGUGUGUGUGUUUUACGAGUGUGUAUGCGUGUGCAAGCUAAGAGAGAACAAUGAAUGAGUGUCAGAACGCGUGAAUAUCGUUUCAUUAAUUAUUAUUAACGCUUCGAAUACCAUAAUUUUAGGAGAAUUCAUUGAUUCAAUCGAUACGACAUUUCUGCGAUUUUUAUUUCAAAUCGGAGACGUAUUGUCAAUAUCUUUUUCUUAUUAUCGUCGUUAAUUUAUUUCGAAGCCGUUCGAACGUAAUCUCACAAGAUACUAUAAAUCAUUUUUAAUUUAUUUCGAUUCAGAAACAUUUUCAAGUGACAAUUUGUUAGAAAUAUUUUUAAAGAACAGAGGUGUGUUUGAAAAGCCGUACUUCGGGAUGGGUCGGAGAAGUUCGGACGACGUCGGAUAAGCGCGGUCUGACUUCGGGUCAGUUCGACAGAAAUCGGACGCGUUCGGUUCUCGGUUCUUUCGAGCCUUGAAAUCGAGCGCGUUCGAUUUUUGCCGAACCAAUCCGAAGUUUCCGACCCGCCAUAACCUUGCACGCUCCUGCUGAAGAAAUGAAAUUUCAUGUAAGGUUUUUUUAAACUUUUCUAGACGAAAGGCUGAAACGAGAAAUCGCACAGCAGAAAGAAUACUGUCGUAACGAUGUUUCUGUUGUUUUCUUCUCUUCUCUUUUCUUUUCUUUAUUUCGAUAAACUAGUUUGUAAUUGUAGGAUUCUUAAGAUUUGAUUUUGUAAUCGAUACCGCAUCAGGGGAGGAGGAAGACUCCUCAAACGUUUUUUCUUUUUCAGUUUUAUUUAUUUUUUUUCGUAAACGAUAUUUCUGUUAACAUGUUCACGUAACGGAGAAAAAAAGAUGAUUAAAAAAGUAAAUAAAUUUGCAAUGGUACAGCAGUAUUGUUUUUCGAUCCGAAAAGAAAAUCAAUCCCUUCUAAGAGUGCAAAUUUCUUAUUAGUGGAAUUUCAAAAAUCUAUUUAAUCGUGUUCCUUAUAUAAAUUUAAAACAAUUCAUCGUAACAGUAUUCUUUCUUAUUGAUGUGCGAGAUAUUAAAGUGUGUCCUUUACGAAACGAAAAAAAAAAAAAAAA